AUGUAUGCGAUGCAACUAUAUAAUACAGCUCAGUAUCUCGAACGUAAUAUGCGGGAGAAGGAGCUAGUAUUAUAUAUAGCAAGGCAGUUCAAUCAGGAAAUGGCAAAGACUAUUGCGGUACAUAAUAUUAAAAAAAUGGAAAGUUUAUCUAGUUAUUUACAGCGAUUGGAGAGGAGUGUUGCUAACAAUGGGAGUUAUCGUAGUCAGUUUCAUGGGAAUAAUUUUAGACAUCAGAGUAUAAAUUUCGGAAAUGGUAAUACUGGAGGAGGUGAUGGUAGAUAUAGUGGAAAUCAAGGAUAUGCCAGUCAUAAUAGUGACAAUAGACAAAAUGGUCGAAGAUUUGAUUGGGAAAAUAAUAAUUAUUAUGAGAAUGAGAAUAAGUGGCACCAGAAUCGACGGGAUCGAGAACAAGAUAGAGAUAGGGAAAAUUGGAGACAAAAUAGGGAUUAUAAUAAUAGCAAUAAGGGUUAUCGAAAUGAUGUAAGGGGAAGAAGAGAGGAUGAAAAUAUAAGACAAGUCAAUAUGAAAAGACCACCUCAACAAAAAGACAGCAUAGCUGAAAAAGAAAAGUCAUUAACCGAAGAACCAGUGGCAUAUUUUCAAUGA